CUUAAAAUUGAUUCAUACGAAGAAAGUCAAUUACUGUUAAUAGUGCCCUUGAGCCGCAGCACCUUCCUUUCUGCAAAUACCUUCCUUUUUCACUGCUCAUGAAGAAAUCGUGUCUUUUUCGUUUCUCUCCGUAUUUAAAGUAUUCAAUACAUUCGUAACUCUUCAAGAAAACAGAUACACAAGGCCUAAGGUGUGAUCAAUUUCUUGACGCCCUAAGCAACCAAAAAACAGAAAAGAGCUUGGGUUGUGUGAGCCUUCUUGUGAAGCUAAUUUGGCCGGAGAUAUGGAGCACAACAACAUCAACACAGACGAAAACAACAGCAACAACAGGAACAUGGAUGAAGAGGGCAGCUACAUGGGUGUUCCAAUUCACAGCCAAGUGAUGAAGAUCAAGCAAGAGUUUGAGAAAAUCAAGCACCCGUCUCUGGAGCAGCCUGCAGAGCUGCGACUGAGACGAGUCCUUCUCCGCCAGAUUACUCGCCAGCGUUCGCGUUCUCCGCUGGGAUUGGCUGCAUAGGGAGGGAGGGAUAGGGGUUGCCCUGCCUCAGCUUGCAUGGUUAUGGUGGCGACGCUUUAGAUAUUAACUUUUUUGCUUUUUGUUGUUUUUUUUUUAUAUUACUGUUUUUCUUGCUUUCUGGUUUCUACCACAGCAACCAUGAGAGUUUUGGUUUUUUGGGGUUUUACUAGUUUAGUUGUACAGGUAGGAGUUGGUGGGAAUCUCAAAGGCAUAGCGAAACUUAACGUUUCUUGGUUAAUUUCUAUGAUUAGAUUCCUGUAAGUUUUGCAGUUAUGAUCUCAUACAUCAUAUUUUCGUUCUA